AGAGGUGCCCGAAAUUCAUUGUCCACUCUGCUGAAGGGAAAAAAUAUUUAGCCUUUGACUGAGCCACUGCGGACAUAUUGUAACGUGUUCGGGCAAGCUGGACUCCUGCCCCUAGUUAUCAUUUUUACAGGCCGUUUUUCCUCGACGUUUUGCAAUUUUGUACGAGGCAAUUAUUAUUUACGGAUAGGCAACGUCACUGAUACUUGGGGUAUUUUCUUCCGUGAAAAGAGUAGUCUACAGAGUAGGGACACCUCCGCGAGUUAAGGUUUUUUUAUCUAGAAAAAGCGCACGGAAUAGUUUGCCUCAAAUGAGGUUCUGAAAUUAUUUCAAAAAUAUAUAUAUUUUAGAAAACACGAGUCAAGGUAAGAUGAUAUGGAUCUGAGGCUAUUUUCAAUAGCAACAUUAUUAGGAAUAUUAUGUUCCUGCAGUGCACAGCAAGAGGGCAGUGAUUGCAUCAAGGCCAAUGCACAAUCAUGUGGGGAAUGCAUCCAAGUGGCAGAGAAAUGUGGAUGGUGUACAGACACUGACUUCCUGAAGCAGGGAGAGUCUAAGUCAGCACGCUGUGAUGAGCUACAGUCCCUGAUCACGAAGGGCUGCACUAAGGCCAGGAUUGAGAACCCCCGGGGCAGCAUCUCCAUCAACAAGAACAAGGCUGUCACCAACCGCAAGAAGGACAUGGCAGAGAAGCUGAAGGCUGACCAGAUCACUCAGAUCCAGCCUCAGAAACUCACCCUCAACCUCCGAUCCGGUGAGGCCCAGACCUUUAAGUUGAAGUUCAAGAGAGCAGAGGACUACCCCAUCGACCUCUACUACUUGAUGGAUCUCUCCUUCUCCAUGAAAGACGAUUUGGAGAACGUCAAGAAUCUGGGGACUGACCUGAUGCGUGAGAUGAAGGAGGUCACCUCAGACUUCAAGAUCGGUUUCGGCUCCUUUGUGGAGAAGACGGUGAUGCCAUACAUCAGCACUACCCCAGCCAGACUGCUGAACCCCUGCACCAGCACCAACAACGACACCUGCACCAGCCCCUUCAGCUAUAAGAACGUGCUGAAGCUGACUGAGAACGGGCAGGAGUUCAACAGCCUGGUCAGUAAGCAGCAGAUCUCUGGAAACCUGGACUCCCCUGAGGGAGGAUUCGAUGCCAUCAUGCAGGUGGCCGUCUGUGGGGAUGCCAUUGGCUGGAGGAACGUCACACGUCUGCUGGUGUUCUCUACUGAUGCUGGCUUCCACUUGGCUGGAGACGGCAAGCUGGGCGGCAUCGUUCUGCCCAACGAUGGGAAGUGUCAUCUGGAGAACAACAUGUACACCAUGAGCCAUUACUACGACUAUCCAUCCAUUGCCCAUUUGGUCCAGAAACUGAGCGACAACAACAUUCAGACCAUUUUUGCUGUUACUGAGGAAUUCCAGCCUGUUUACAAGGAACUGAAGAACCUCAUCCCCAAGUCAGCAGUAGGAACUCUGUCCUCCAACUCCAGCAACGUCAUCAAGCUCAUUAUCGAUUCUUACAACUCUCUGUCAUCUGAAGUCAUUCUGGAAAACGGCAAGCUGCCUGAAGGUGUAUCCAUAACAUACAAGUCCAUCUGCGAGAACGGUUGGGUUGGAACAGGAGAGAAUGGAAGAAAAUGCUCGAACAUCUCCAUUGGAGAUGAGGUGUCGUUUGAGAUUGCCAUCAAGUCCGAGAAGUGUCCGCCUCAAGGCAAGUCCGAGACCAUUACAAUCAAGCCCCUGGGUUUUACUGAGAAUGUAGAGAUCGUCCUCAACUUCAUCUGCGAAUGUGAAUGUUCCAAAGAUGGAAAACCUCUCAGUGAGAUGUGCCACAAUGGCAACGGGACCUUUGAGUGUGGAGCCUGCAGGUGCAACGAGGGCCGUAUUGGCAGACUGUGUGAGUGCAGUACAGACGAGGUGAGGACGGACGACCUGGACGCUAACUGUCGGAAGGACAACGGUACAGACAUCUGCAGCAACAACGGAGACUGUGUUUGUGGAACCUGUGAGUGUAAAAAGAGAGAGAACCCAGAAGAACGUUACAGUGGGAAGUUCUGCGAGUGUGACAACUUCAACUGUGACCGCUCCAGCAACAAACUCUGUGGAGGACAUGGACGUUGUGAGUGCAGAGUGUGUAUCUGCGAUGCCAACUACACAGGCAGCGCCUGCGACUGUUCCCUGGACACCUCCACCUGCCUAGCAGCCAACAAGCAGAUAUGUAAUGGCCGGGGCACCUGCGAGUGUGGCGUCUGCAAAUGCACCAACCCCAAGUUCCAGGGCCCCACCUGUGAGAUCUGCCCCACCUGCCCCGGAGUCUGUGCUGAGCACAAGGACUGUGUUCAGUGCCGGGCUUUUGACACAGGAGAGAAGAAGGACACGUGUGAGAGGGACUGCAGCUACUUCAACCUGAUCAGAGUGAAGGACCGGGACAAGCUACCCCAGCCAGCCGACCAGUCCUACCCCCUAUCCCACUGUAAGGAGAGGGACGCCAACGACUGCUGGUUCUACUACACCUACGCCGUCAGGAACCACACAGAGAGAGAAGUCUACGUGGUCGACACUCUGGAGUGCCCAGCGGGUCCUGACAUUAUCCCCAUUGUGGCUGGCGUGGUGGCGGGCAUCGUGCUGAUCGGCCUGGCCCUCCUUCUCAUCUGGAAGCUGCUCAUGAUCAUCCACGACCGCAGGGAAUUUGCCAAGUUCGAGAAGGAGAAAAUGAACGCGAAGUGGGACACGGGAGUGAAUCCCAUCUACAAGAGUGCCGUAACAACUGUUUUCAAUCCAAAAUACGAGGGCAAAUGAUGGAGCUUCCUCUGUCAUUACAACACUGUAUGCAAAAGAACAUGGAAGGAGGGGUGUUUGUAUGUUCACUUUGUUUUUUUAGUUGCCAAAUAAUAGCAGGGCAUUUAGCCACUAUUUCAGUAUGUUUUACUAACUGCUUUUUCUAUGCAUUGUUUGAAUUGUACAGUAUGUAUAAACUUGGGUUUUAACUUGUUUGUGGAACUUGAGAGAAUCCUUUAAAACUGAUGUUUUGCCCCUGGAUUGGUAGGGUCAUUGAAGGUGUGGUUGUGCCUUUCAAAGAACCGUGGAGUCAUUCUUUCUGUUUUGAGGGUGAAAUUGGAUGUCGAUAUUGGACAAGAUAUGUAGCGAUGGGACAGUAAUAAAUUGUUAUGUGUACAGUUUGUAGGCAAUGGAUUCUGUCUAAGCCAUAUUUUAGUGACAGAAAAGGUCUGGAAGCAAAGGUAUGUUUCUUUUCAAUGACUUUCUUCAACCUGAACAAUCAGUUUAAUCAUUUUUGGGGUUUGUCACGAUAUUUGUGAAUCUUUAUAAAUUAAAUGACAUCAAGUACAGUAGUGGUAUUAUGGGUUUCAGGUUUACAUUUUUUUGUUUUAAAGAAGACUCAGGUCCCUAUUAAACUCCUCAUUAAUAGCAAUGCCAAAUAUGACAUAACUCACUGCCUUCUCGUUUUAAGUGUUUUGUUUCAGUUACAGAAAUGUAAUUCUGAAUGGGGUUCUGAAUGUUUUUUUAAUUGACCUAAAGCCCCAGCUUUCUUUUUUGCUGUCAAAUCAUUCUCACCUUAAUCCUUUUCUAAUGAUGGUUGAUGGUUUGAUCAAACUCGUCUUCCAUUGAAUAAUUGUAAUUACAUUUCAGUUAUAAACAUCAGUGUUAUGGGAAUGACGUCAGUCAGAUCUUUGUAAAAUUUCAAACAUCCCACUUAGUUGUAAGAACACGCCGUGCUCUUUGUUUUUAAAGGGUAUUUUUAAUCAUCUUUUAUUUCACAUUUUGCAAUACUUUAUUUCUUAAAUAAAGUUCCAAUACAAAUUACCCUAACAUUGCUACAUGCUGCAUGUGUGUGUGUUAAUGAUUGUUUAAUGUGUCCUUGCUUUAUCUUACUGUUAGAGAGAAUCCAGUGGAAUGUAUCCAAUGUUACAAUGUUCAGGGAAUCCAGCUUUCUACUCACUGCCCAUCUUGUGCUACCCACAUGUUUUCUACAGUUAAAGGUCCAAUGCAGCUGUUUUUAUCUCAAUAUCCAAUCAUUUCUGGGUAACAAUUAAGUGAUUGUUUUCAAUUAAAAUGAUCAAAAACAAACAAAUAGCUUCUUAGCGAAGAGCAAUUUCUCAAGCAAGAAUUGUUAUUGUCUGGGAGUGGUCAAAGUGGGGAAAGGAAGAGAGGAUUGGAACUCUUUCUUAUUGAUCGAUGAACUAUACUAAACUAAAAUAUUAAUGCUACGUGUAAAGUGUUGGUCCCAUGUUUCAUGAGCUGAAAUAAAAGAUCCCUGAAAUGUUC